AUGAUGUGUUCAAAUUUUCAAAAGGCAUUUUAUCCUUUUGAGGAGGUUGCUAUUAAUGAGAUGGUGAUAGGAUUUAAAGGCAGGUUUGGACCAUUACAGUACAACCCUAGUAAGCCUGAAAAGCACCACAUAAAAAAUUAUGGCUUGUGUGAUAGCAGUACAAGUUAUGUAAUAAAUCUUAUUACUUAUUAUGGAAGUGACACUUCUUACUCAGACUCAUCAAAGAGUAUUACCAGCCAUGCAGUCAAAAUAUUUGAUACCCUUCUACAACCAAUUCAAAGUGGGCAUCAUAUUUUUGCUGAUAGAUAUUAUACAUCAACAGAUCUCUUGGAAUAUCUAACUCAGAAAAGAUUUUAUUAUACUGGGACAGUCAACUUGGCUAGGAAAAAUUUCCCUGCCGAGCUCAAGAAGCAAAAGCUGCGUCACAGAGAAACUAAAUUUUACAAGUCUGUGGGCAGUAUAGAUGCUCUUUGUGUGGCAUGGCAGGAUAAGAAAUCUAAGAAGCCUUGCAAUAUAGUGUCCACAAAAUCAACCAAUGGCAUCAUUAAUGUGCAACAGAAGCGCAGUGUUGUGGAGAAGCCAGAAAUGGUUAACGACUACAAUAUGAUGAUGAAUGAUUGCGACAGGGCAGACCAAAUGCUCUCUUAUUAUUCUGUGCAUUCUAGAAAAAGCAUGAAAUGGUGGAAGAAAGUCUUUUUCUGGAUAUUUGAAUUUGCACAGAUAAAGGCCCUCAUCAUUUAUAAUGCCACACAGGUUACAUGUGACCAGCCUUCAAAAAAGCUUUAUUUAAAAUAA